AUGGCUGAGGAUCGGGUUUCUGCCUUCUUAUCGCGUGAGAAAGAAAAUUUGGGUGACUUAACGGAUGAGUUGUUUAACGGUACUGGGAACGCUCCAGAUUUCGCUGAGGGCUCAAAAGGAGAUACUGACCUUUUAAGUGAAUCUGAGGAAUCCCAAAAAAUCGAGGAACCUCCAUUGACUGGAAUCGAGUCAACAUUUUGCCUCACUGGCCAGCACAUCAACGGCACUUCACAGAAGAAAGUUAGUAUUCAGUCUUCAGUCACUAGAGGACAGGAAAGUGCCAUCCUUGAAUCUUGGAGAGCCAAUUUCGAGGCGGAUAUCAAAGCGCGUGACGAGAGGGAAGUCUCUAAGCGUACGGAGCUUGAGGCGAAUGCUAAGAAAGAGCUGGAGACCUGGUACGCACACUACCGGCAACAAAUGGCCCUGCGAUCGGCAGAUAACCGGGCAGACGCUCCGAGAGAUGCUUCAGGCAAAGCCUACGACGGCUUUUCGGGCCAGGCGCCUUCUGUUCGCGAUACUGCAGUUUGGGAGAGCGUCUGCUGCAUGUGCGAUCUGACAGUAAGUCUGAGCGCUUUUCAACAGUUUAUAGGGGUACAUCAUCACUAA